AUGAUGGAAUGCAAGAGGAUAGGUUUUAUCAUAUGUCUCUCAUCCCUCUUCUCAUUCUCCACCUCCUCAAGCCUUGACAAUGCUGGGAUUGGCGUUUACUGGGGCCAAGACAUUCGCGAAGGCAAGUUGAACACCACGUGCGACACUGGAAAUUAUGCGGUUGUGCUAUUAGCUUACCUCCGCCAAUUCGGCGAUGGCAGAAACCCGUUUUGGGACUUCAUCGGCCACGACGACGGUGUGGUAGCGUCCCAGAUAAAACACUGCCAGGUAGAACCAGACCACACAAAUCUUAGCUUUAAUCGCACAUAUUUAGCUAAGCUGUGUUUCUCCAUUGAUUCCCAGGCCAAAGGCGUCAAAGUGUUCCUAUCCAUCGGAGGACCCAUCACGUUUUACGAGUACUCCCUCAACUCCACCGAGGAUGCAAAGCGCUUCGCCAACUACCUCUACACCAGCUUUCUCAGUGGCCGAUUUGGUCCAAUCGGAAGAGUGGAGUUGGACGGCAUAGAGUUCCACAUCAGAGCCACAGAGGAUCACUGGGAUGACCUUGUCAAAGAACUCGACUUUUUCCGACGCACCAAAGGCCGAUACUUUCACUUGGUUGCUGCCCCUCGGUGUCAAAUCCCAGUUCACAAUCUUGGGAAAGCCAUCGCAACCAAACUUUUCGACCACAUCUUCGUUCAGUUCUACAACGACCCCUCUUGUGAAUACAACAUUGAGGACGGCACCAAGCCCUUGUUGGACUCGUGGGACAACUGGGUCAACUUGGUCGCGUCUAAUAACUCGCUGUUCCUGGCCCUGCCAGCGGACUCAAGUGAAGAAGAAAGUGGUUUCGUGGAACCGGAUGUGGUGAAUCUUGAGGUGCUUCCGCAUGUGAAGAAAGCCACCAACUAUGGAGGGGUGAUUCUGUACAACAGAUAUCGUGAUAUUAUAAGGAAUUUCAGCGGCGAGAUACUGCCCAAUGUGCCCAAAUCCUCUUUCUUCUUGAACACAAUGGGUCCUGUCUUUCCCUAUUUUGGGUAA